AUGGGAGGAGGCGCGCAUCGUCCUGGCGGGGGCGUCCUAUGCCGCUAUGGGAGGAGGCCGUGCCAUCGUGGGGGGGGGGGGCGGAGAGGGGACGGAUGGGGGGCGUGGAGGCGGCCACAUGACCGGGCGGGCUGCCAGCCGAGGCGGCCGGUCUGGGUGUCCCCCGCCGUCGCCCUCCCGCCCGCCCGCCUGCCUACAAAUGCAGCCGGGCCCCGGCGGGAGCGGGUGCAUUCGGUGCUGCUGCUGCUGCUGCUGUUGCUGCAGGAGGCGGCGGCGGCGGCCCUGGGCGGCAGGAUGGGCGUGCGGCGCUGGCUGCUGGCGCUGCUGCUGCUCUGGCUGGCUCUGAGCUCCGGCUCCGGAGGACCUUUGACUGAAACAUCUGAAGAUGGGAAGGAGCCCCGGGAAGGGCACAUCCGGAACCUGGUGCAUUCCAAAGGAGUCCGGAGCGCUGCAGGAUAUCGACCGAACGGCUGGCGGAAAUAUCGACGCCCUCGCCCCCGCCUAUCCCAUAAGGGACCCAUGCCUUUCUAGCACAGGGUGAAGGCCCUCCCUGGGAAGCCCAUCCCCCUUCCAUGACCUCUCUGCUUGAUAAACCGUCUGCUUGCUUAAGGCUUCCCCUCCCCAUGGUAGAAUGUGGGCCCUCCUGUCUGCACUGUUGCCCUGGACAUCACUGAGUAUAAGGAAUGUGUGUGAAGUAUUGUCCUCCCCUGUUUCUGUUUUUCCUACUCAGGCUGGUCUCAGUUGGCAACCUCUCUCUCAGUCUCUUUCUGCCUUGCCAAGUUGCCAUUUGCAGAACUUGCAAAAUAGAGGAUACUGGGGUUACUAGGGGAGGGGAACGAAACGGGUGGCAAAUAGGGUGGAAGGGUGCUGUCCCCUUUGCUUUGUGUCUGGGGGGGCUGAUUGGCCCUUUAACUUACAGGGAAAGUAUCUGAGGGGCCAU